AUGAGCCAAAUCCUCUUCAAGGCUCCAACAGUGUUGAGCCGUCACUAUCAGAUCCGAUCUCUAGCGACCCAACUCGGGAAGAUCACAAGUUAUCCGAAAUCCAUUCGUCCAUCACAAGAUGAAAUCAAGAAUGGGCGUCUUUCACACCAGAAUCUAGAGAUUGCAAUGCGCAGCCUGCACCGGGAUGGACUUGUCGUUGUUGAAAAUGUGAUUCCCCACGACUGCCUCAACCGACUGAACAAAAAGAUGGUCGAAGAUGCCUACUACCUCCAGUCCAAGAAAGAGGACAUCCCAUUUAACUACAACCUGGGAAAUAUCCAACAAGACGCUCCUCCCGUGAGGGAAUUCUUCGAGCCUAGUAUUUUCAUGAACCCCAUCGCAACUCAAAUCACCACAUCAGCACUGGGACCACGCCCAAAAUGGACCUUUUGCUCGGGAAAUACUGCAAUGCCCCCAACUGCAGAGAACCCUCCAAUGUCCCAGCCUAUCCACACAGACGCAGACUUUGCCCAUCCAAUUCAUCCAUUUGCAUACGUCAUCAAUGUCCCUCUCAUCACCAUGACCCCGGCGAAUGGCUCUACUGAGGUAUGGCUGGGAACACACAAUGACACAGGUCUACAUCUCCAAGAGGGCGAACACGGCGACCGUGCCAGUGGUCGCAUCAAGCUCGACGAGGUAGAGAAGCGCCGUGUAGAGCGCCCGCCAUGUCAGCCCGUCGUUCCAAAGGGCGCUUUGGUCGUCAGAGACCUUCGUCUUUGGCAUGCUGGAGUCGGUAACCAGACCGAGGACCCCCGAGUCAUGUUGGCAAUGAUCCACUUUGCGCCGUGGUAUCGCAACCCUAUGAGACUUGAAUUCGCGGAUGACCUCAAGCCUGUUAUUGAGGGCCAGACUGAGCUGGAGGUUCCUGUGGACUGGGUCAGCAAGUCGGAUGCACUGUCGCGCUAUCUGAACCGCGGCUUUGGCAAUGCCUACGACUUUAACCAGAACCCUUAG